AUGGGUAAUCAUAAUACACACGAGAAAGGGUCCGAUGGUGGCAGUGGAACCAGUACCCCUCGAGGAUCUACUCGGGCCACUCGGUCUGGCUCCGGUGAUCUACAAGGCCAGCAGGAAAAAUCGGAACCUCAAACAGCCUCCUUAGUGCCCGUGGAAAAACUCGGCAAGCUCCUCGCUCAACGUUCUCAAAAGGAAGAUGGCAUCAACGGUGUCACAGAAAAAUCAUUUACCAAAUACCUGUUCCCAAACUACCCAGAUCUGGCGCGCCAGUUCUAUGGCUAUAUCCACAGAAUUGGCAAAUGUAAAAAUAAGCACGUGCCGCUGUCCACCUUCCGACAGCAGUGCGAGAGGAUACUCGCCAUGCUGGACGACUCCGCCAUCAUCGAGACAUAUGUUCGAAUGUUCAGUUCAGACGUCAACGAGAGCACGGUGACCACGGACGACUUCAGGAGCUUGCUGUACGUCAGCUACAAGCUAUCCAUGGACCACUACCCGGACGGGCCGCAGACGGACAUCAUGAUGGACAAGACGCUGAUGGCGGUGGUGCGCGGCUGCUUCAACAACAAGGACUCGCACAGCAUCGGCUUCGUGGUGCGCUGGCUCGAGGAGCACUGUCACAGGCUCAUAUUCCCCGUGCACAGGUACUGCGUGCACAUGCUGGCCACGCGGCACCGCGACGUGGAGACGCUGGCGAGCGACGGCGAGGCCGCGCUGGAGCUGGGCACACCGGUGCUGGAGCGCGCGGCCUGGGCGCCCGCCGCCGCCGCGCUGCGCCCCGCCGCCGCCUGGCUGCUGGCCGCCGCCGCGCCGCCGCUGUACAGCCGGCCGGCGCGCCCGCCCGCGCCGCCCGCGCACGCCGCGCACGCCGCGCCCGCCACCGCCGCGUGGCUGGCGCGCCUGGUGUGCGCGCUGCCCUCGCACUGGGCGCCGCUGUACGCGUCGCGCGAGCACGGCCUGGGCGCCAACCGCUUCCUGCACCACACGCUGCACUACAGGGGCCCGACGCUGGUGGUGGUGGAGGGCGCGGCGGGCGCGGGCGCGGGCGCGGCGGGCGUGACGCUGGUGGCGUGCGCGCCGCAGGAGUGGCGCGACACGCACCAGUACUGGGGCGGGCCCGACUGCGCGCUCGUGCAGCUCUACCCCACGUUCGCGGUGGUGGAGCGCGGGCCCAAGAUGCUGUACCUGAACUCGUGCAUCCGCGGCUACCCGAAGGGGCUGCGCGCGGGCGCCGACCCGCGCCGGCCGCUGCUGGCGGUCGGCGAGGGCUUCGACUCCUUCGAGUACAAGGGCGUGCCCUACCCGCUCGCCGCCAUCGAGGUGUGGGGCUGCGGCGAGCAGGCGUUGAAGGAUGCACAGACCGAGGUCAAGAAGUGGCAGGUGCGCGAGGCGGAGCGCCAGCGGCAGGUGAAGGUGUCGGCAGCGGACUGGAUGGAGCACCCCGACCGCUACCUGCUGGAGCUGGCAGGGCGCCCGCAGUACAACAACUCCUCCAGC